AUGGAGAAGAAGCGAGUCCUGGUGGUGGGAGGAACCGGCUACCUGGGGCAGCAUCUCCUGGAGGGUCUAUCCAGGGCGGAAGAGUUGGGGCUCCAGAGGCCGUAUGACCUGGCUUACACCCAUCACCGCCCGGCUCCGCCCCGGGAGAUGACGGACGCCCUGGCUCCGGUGCUCGCCUUCCGCGUGGAUCUGGAGACGGGCCAGGGUUUCGACUCCAUCUCCGAAACAUUCGGCCAGGUGUGUUACUCCGUCAUGGAUCGCUAAUGAGGAAAAACAAACUAUGAAUCGAUCAGCAUGCAUGCCAAAGGGCAAUUAGAGAAUUAGAUACUAGAAAUAAUCUCUUUGAUUAGCUUAGAAUUUAUAUAGUUUCAGGCGUCGUUUCCUUCUCCCUUAAUCUUAAGCUUCUAGCCAUGUCACUUUGGGACAAAUAUUUCAAGACGAACUUCAAGAGAACCACAUUUUGUUGAAUUCAUCAAUCUGACAGAGAAAGGAGAAACAAUGCCCGUAUAUCUCCGGCUCGAAUUAUUUCUCUCUUUUUUUUCUCCUAUACCUCAAAUAUUUUCUGCUGAUGCUUGCCAUUCUUCCUUCUGACAGCCUCACGUGGUCAUAAACUGUGCUGCACUUUCGGUUCCCCUCCAAUGUGAAAAGAACCCAGCAUAUGCUACGGCCAUUAACGUUCCUUCUUCCCUUGUUGGUUGGCUCUCAAGCUUCGCCAACAACGAUUCUCUUCUGAUUCAUCUAUCGACAGAUCAAGGUCAAACCACUAUAUCAUCAUUGUAUGACGAAAACUUGUAAAACUUUGCUAAUUUCCUUUGGAUCACUGGAAUGAGCUUUUUUCUUUCACAUUUACUUGUUUCCCAAUAAUCCUUGGAAUAUGUAAAAUUAAAAACGGAUAUUUCAAGAUUGGCACCCUGAUAAUCUGGAGAACACAAAAAAAGAAAGCCCAUCUACUUGUACAGCUGUGCGUCUGUGAGGUCCACCUAAGAUAGAGAUGGUGAAGGGUCAAUGUCCUGAUCUUUUUCCUUCCACCUUUACAACUAGACCUUCGAAUGUUCGGGUAAGAGCUGGACUGAUUCCGUUGCCAUCCCCACUGUCCAUAAGGAGUGAUAGGUGUUGGAGAAGACAAACAUUAAACCAAUUGCAAUCUUGCUGUAGUUUUAUAUUGGAAAUUGUUCAUCAAGUGACAAAGUAAAUGGAGGGAAUUAGACCAGCUAGUAACAGGCAGAAUUCUUUGUAGAUUCAAAAUUAUAAGUGGACAGCAAGUAUCUCUCUUGUACAUGCGAAUCAGUUUUUGAGUAUGAUGUUAUCUGAAUUUUUUUUUUCUUUGCAGUGAGUGAUUUCUUCUUUAAAUGAUGCUAUUAUGUCUAAUUUUAGUCCCAAAAAACUAACAGUUUACGAGGGUGUAAAAUCAUUCUACAAGGAAGACGAUGAAGCAGUUCCUGUCAAUAUGUAUGGGAAAUCAAAAGUUUCAUCGGAAAAUUUUAUUUCUUCGAACUACUCUAAUUUUGCAAUAUUGAGGAGCAGUAUCAUUUAUGGGCCGCAGACCAUGUCACCUGUUUCCAAAUCUCUGCCAAUCCAAGUAUGCAUCGGAUCCUCCUGCAUAGAUGCUUUAUUUAUGAAACUGGGAAUGCGUGAAAGCUGAAGUUUUAUCUUCAUACAAUGGAUUCUUUUUCAGAUCUUCGGUCUUGUGUUAAAGUAGUUAAUAAUCAAACCUGUUAUUUAUCUGCUUUAUUUUAUCAUUCAAGUUGAUGGCUGAGUUAUCUAUCUCAAAAAUGGUGUUUCUGUGUUAGAUACCUAAUGAAAGUUCCUUUGGGGAGAGCCGCGUUUUUAGCAUAAUUUUUUAUUUGGGUCUUUUUUUGGCAAAUAUUUGAAGCUCGCUUGGUUUUCUCCAUUGGACACCGGUAUUCAAGUAUUCAACAUUGUAAACUUGACGAGCUUUUUGAAACUUAUUUUCAGGAUUUAGGGAAAUCCGAAAAUAUCUCAUAAUAACCACAAAAAUAGGCUAUUGCAGUUCGUUUUUUAGAAUGAUGGGGUUUUUCUUUCUCCUGCAGUGGAUUGACAGUAUGCUGUCUCGUGGGCAAGAAGUUGAUUUUUUCUAUGAUGAAUUCCGUUGCCCAAUAUAUGUCAAGGAUUUGGUCAAUAUCAUAUUAAUAUUGAUAAAAAAAAGGGUAUCAGGUUUGUUAUUCCCGUCUACCUCUCUUUUGCAAUAUUAUGCAUGAUUUCGGUUUUCGUUUGUCAUUAAGGACCCAGAAUUUAUCAGGCCUUCGCUGAAAUCUUUAGAUUAUAAUUAUAAUAGCUCGAGUAAGAGGAAUUGAUUACUAAUAAAACGCAAGAGGAACACCUAUGAUGGCAAGUGUACAACAAAGUUUUGCACUGGUUCUUUUGGUUUCCAGUAGUCUAAUUUGAACGUUAUAAUGCCGCCACAUCCAUAAUCAUUUCUGUUUUUAUAAAUAAUCAGUUAUAUAUUCUAUUUAUUUAUAGCCUUCACAUCAUGUUGCAUUAUAGGGUACAUUACAUUUUAAUUUUUUAUUUUAUUUUUUUUGCGUCAGAUGAGAAUCCAAUGCGUUUGCUUCUAAAUGUUGGUGGGCCAGAAAGGGUCUCGCGUCUCCAGAUGGCUGAGAAAGUGGCAGAUGUCAGAGGGCACGACAGUUCUCUGAUUAAAGCUGUAUCUGCAUCUUCAGUACGUCAACAAUCCCUGGACAAUUUCUAAAAGAUUAUUCAAAGACCUCUGAAAAUUUUUCACUCUUCGGGAAUCUUUUUUUUAAAGAACAUAACUUUUCCCAUUCGUCGUCUAUUGUGAUUUAGCUUUUCCUAAAUAUGUCUUCGAUCAAUCUUUGACAUAGCCAAUCCUUUCAAAGGAUUACAACGCGCAGACAAAAAAGACUAUUUCUUCUUUCCUGUCUACAUUCAGCGCCGUCUGCAUUUCGAAGUGGUUGAUUGAUUCCGUAUUUUGCAGUUUUUGUUUAUAAAUUUUCUGUGCAAAAAAGGGUUUGCUCACGCCGCUAAGUUGUAUCUGCUCACGUACCUUGACAGUCAUGCUUUCAAAAAUUAUUUAAUUAUGUCUUCAUUAGUCAACUGUUGUUGUAAAGUAGCUUCCUUCAAUCUGGUUACUGAAGAUUCGAUAGGUUUUUGGUUCGGGUUGAUUUGAUAUCAGACUGUUGAUUCAAAGUGGAUUGCCUAUUUCUAGGUUGACCGGGGGGUCACUUCCCCAGCAGACAUAUCAAUGGACAUUAGCCGUUUGACUCAAGAACUUGGUGUUACACCAGUUUGCUUCAAAAACGGUGUUCAGCUUACUUUCGGAGAGGCGCACGUGGAAGCUUGA